AUGGCGUCAUUUCUCGAGAACUCGUACAGCCUCGUCCAUCUGGACAACACGGCCGACCAGGCGACCGUGCAGGAGUUGAAACUCCAGCUGGAAAAGGGCAAUGAUGAGACGAAGAUGGACACAAUGCGGACAAUCAUUACGAUUAUGCUCAACGGUGAUCCGAUGCCACAGCUACUCAUGCACAUCAUUCGCUUUGUCAUGCCUGCGAAGAGCAAGUCCUUGAAGAAGCUGCUAUAUUUUUACUACGAAAUUUGUCCCAAGCUCGAUGCGAGUGGUAAAUUGAAGCAGGAGAUGAUUCUGGUCUGCAAUGGCAUCCGAAAUGAUCUGCAGCACCCAAAUGAAUACGUCCGCGGAAACACCCUUCGCUUCCUUUGCAAGCUGCGCGAACCAGAACUCAUCGAACCCCUCCUUUCCUCAGCCCGCUCUUGCCUCGAGCAUCGUCACGCCUACGUGCGCAAAAACGCCGCCUGGGCCGUGGCUUCAAUCUUCCAACAUUCCGAAUCCCUCAUUCCAGAUGCGCCGGAGCUGCUUCAGAUCUUCUUGGAGGCAGAGUCAGAUGGCACUUGCAAGCGCAAUGCGUUCGCGGCGCUCAUGUCGAUUAGCCACGAGAAGGCGCUUGAGUAUCUCGGCACAACAUUCGACACCAUUCCAAAUACCGACGAGCUCCUUCAGCUGGCUGAGCUUGAGUUCUUGCGGAAGGAUGCUGUUCAAAACACUCAAAACAAGUCUCGUUACCUGAAACUUAUGCUCGAACUUCUCGACGCCCCCACAAGUACUGUUGUCUACGAAGCUGCCACAUCUCUUACUGCCCUCACCAGUAACCCCGUCGCCGUGAAGGCCGCUGCUGGCAAACUCAUUGAGCUGGCCAUCCGAGAGGCGGACAACAAUGUGAAACUCAUUGUGUUGGACCGGGUUGAUCAGCUUAGGAAGCGCAAUGAAGGUGUUCUAGAUGAUCUGACCAUGGAGAUUCUACGAGUUCUUACCAGUCCCGAUAUCGACGUCCGACGGAAGGCCCUCGGUAUUGCCUUGGAGAUGGUCUCCAGCAAGAACGUUGAAGAAAUUAUCAUGUUGUUGAAGAAGGAGCUUGCCAAGACAGUCAAUGAGCAAUACGAACAAAACAGCGAAUACCGCCAGUUGCUCGUGCAGUCAAUACACAACUGCGCUAUUAAGUUCUCAGAGAUUGCCGCCAGCGUGGUCGACUUGCUCAUGGACUUCAUUGCCGACUUCAACAACAACUCUGCGGUUGAUGUGAUUCAAUUCGUCAAGGAGGUCGUCGAGAAAUUCCCAGAUCUGCGCAGCGCCAUCGUCGACCGCUUGGUAUCUACCCUGAGCGAGGUUCGUGCUGGUAAAGUAUACCGUGGUGUGCUGUGGGUGAUCGGAGAGUACUCCCUUGAAGAAAAGGACAUUCGGGAAGCCUGGAAGAAGAUUCGAGCCAGUCUGGGUGAAAUUCCUAUCUUGGCCUCAGAGCAACGACUCCUUGAUGAAGUUCCCGAUGACAAUGUACUUCUCUUGCAAGAGGCGGCCAACGGGCAUGGCAAGAGCGCCCCCACCGGGUCCCGCAAAAUCCUUGCCGACGGGACUUAUGCCACGGAGAGUGCUCUCACUAGUCAAUCUGCUGCUGCUGCCCGUCUGGAGGCUGUCAAAGCCGCACAGAAGCCUCCUCUCCGCCAACUCAUUCUUGAUGGCGAUUACUACCUGUCCACUGUUCUUUCCUCCACCUUGACAAAGUUGGUGAUGCGCCACUCCGAGGUCUCUCAGGAUACCGCUCGUACAAACGCCCUCCGUGCCGAAGCUAUGCUCAUUAUGAUCUCGAUCAUGCGUGUUGGUCAGUCGCAAUUUGUCAAGGCACCUAUCGAUGAGGAUUCCGUCGACCGUAUCAUGACUUGUGUCCGCUCCCUCGCUGAGUUCUCCGAGAAGAAGGAGCUCGAGACGACCUUCCUCGAGGACACACGCAAGGCAUUCCGAGCCAUGGUCCAAGUUGAAGACAAGAAGCGUGCUGCAAAGGAAGCCUCUGAAAAGGCCAAGAGCGCUGUGCAAGUCGACGACGUUAUCCCAAUUCGUCAAUUCACUAAGAAGAACAGCGUGCAGGGCGCGGAGGAGGUUGAACUCGACCUGGCAAAGGCCACUGGAGGUGAUACUGUGACGGAAAACGUGUCAUCAAAGCUCAGCCGUGUUGUUCAGCUGACUGGUUUCUCUGACUCUGUUUACGCCGAAGCUUACGUCACUGUUCAUCAGUUCGACAUCGUUCUCGAUGUCCUCUUGGUCAAUCAAACUGCAGAGACCCUUCAAAAUCUCUCGGUCGAGUUUGCCACACUUGGAGACCUCAAGGUUGUUGAGCGACCAUCAACCCACAACUUAGGUCCUCGCGAUUUCUUGAACGUGCAAGCCACAGUCAAGGUUUCUUCGACCGAUACUGGCGUAAUCUUCGGAAAUAUUGUCUACGACGGCGCCAGCUCUACGGAAACCCACGUGGUCAUUCUCAACGAUAUCCAUGCUGACAUCAUGGACUACAUUCAACCUGCCCACUGUACUGAGACGCAAUUCCGCUCCAUGUGGACUGAAUUCGAGUGGGAGAAUAAGGUUAACAUCAACUCGAAGGCCAAGAGCCUGCGCGACUUCCUGAAGCAGCUUAUGGAGAGCACCAAUAUGGCCUGCUUGACACCUGAGGCGUCACUGAAGGGUGAUUGCCGCUUCUUGAGCGCCAACUUGUACGCUCGGAGCGUGUUUGGCGAGGACGCUUUGGCCAAUCUCAGCAUCGAGAAAGAAGGUGAUGACGGGCCCAUCACCGGUUUUGUCCGAAUUCGCAGCCGCUCCCAGGGUCUGGCUCUGAGUCUGGGGUCACUGAAAGGCUUGAAAGCAGCAGCAGCAUGA